AUGUGGUAUACUCUUCCAUGGACAUUUGAUGAAUUCUUCCACGAAUGUAUUCCAUAUAGAUGGAUUACCAAAGUACAAGUGUUUGAAAUACCUUCUCACAAUGCUAUGGCAAUGUAUCAAUCAUCUCUUCGUACAUCAGAUGCAGCAGGUCAAACUUUGCCAACACCUAUAUCCUUUUUACCUCAUGUGGCAACAUCAUUUUUGAGAGAUUUUGAUUUUUACUUUCGACGAAAAUUCAGUUCAUUAGAUGAUGAUAUGAAAACUACAUUUGACGAUCAUACAAAAUUUAUUAAACAGUUAUGUGAUCAAAUACUCCAAUUAUGUCUUAAUAAACAACUUUAUUAUUCAAUCGAAGAUGAUGGUUGUGGACUCACAAUAUGGUUCUAA